AUGCGCCGAGCAGGGCCGCACCCAAGGGACCUGCGUGCCCUUGACGAGCGCGCACCGGCCCCGCGGCCCACGAGCCCUGCCUGCCCCCCCACGACCCAGCGCACCGGCCCCGCGGCCCACGAGCCCUGCCUGCCCCCCCCAAGACCCAGCGCACCCGGCCCCGCGGCCCACGAGCCCUGCCCGCCACCCCCCACGACCCAGCGCACCGGCCCCGCGGCCCGCAAGCCCUGCCCGCCACCCCCCACGACCCAGCGCACCCGGCCCCGCGGCCCACGAGCCCUGCCCGCCACCCCCCACGACCCAGCGCACCGGCCCCGCGGCCCACGAGCCCUGCCUGCCCCCCCACGACCCAGCGCACCGGCCCUGCGGCCCACGAGCCCUGCCUGCCCCUCCCACGACCCAGCGCACCGGCCCCGUGGCCCACGAACCCUGCCUGCCCCCCCACGACCCAGCGCACCUGCUCCGCAGCCCACGAGCCCUGCUUGCCCCCCCACGACCCAGCGCACCGGCCCCGCGGCCCACGAGCCCUGCCCGCCCCCCCCGACGACCCAGCGCACCGGCCCCGCGGCCCACGAGCCCUGCCUGCCCCCACCACGACCCAGCGCACCUGCCCCGCGGCCCACGAGCCCUGCCCCCCCCACGACCCAGCGCACCGGCCCCGCGGCCCACGAGCCCUGCCUGACCCCCCACGACCCAGCGCACCUGCCCCGCGGCCCACGAGCCCUGCCUGCCCCUCCCACGACCCAGCGCACCGGCCCCGCGGCCCACGAGCCCUGCCUGCCCCCCCGACGACCCAGCGCACCGGCCCCGCGGCCCACGAGCCCUGCCUGCCCCCCCGACGACCCAGCGCACCGGCCCCGCGGCCCACGAGCCCUGCCUGCCCCCCCGACGACCCAGCGCACCGGCCCCGCGGCCCACGAGCCCUGCCUGCCCCCCCACGACCCAGCGCACCUGCCCCGCAGCCCACGAGCCCUGCCUGCCCCCCCACGACCCAGCGCACCUGCCCCGCGGCCCACGAGCCCUGCCUGCCCCCCCCCCAAGACCCAGCGCACCGGCCCCGUGGCCCACGAGCCCUGCCUGCCCCCCCGACGACCCAGCGCACCGGCCCCGCGGCCCACAAGCCCUGCCUGCCCCCCCACGACCCAGCGCACCUGCCCCGCGGCCCACGAGCCCUGCCUACUCCCCCCCACAACCCAGAGCACCGGCCCCGCGGCCCACGAGCCCUGCCUGCCCCCCCCACGACCCAGCGCACCUGCCCCGCGGCCCACGAGCCCUGCCUGCCCCCCCACGACCCAGCGCACCGGCCCCGUGGCCCACGAGCCCUGCCUGCCCCCCCACGACCCAGCGCACCCGGCCCCGCGGCCCACGAGCCCUGCCUACUCCCCCCCACGACCCAGCGCACCGGCCCCACGGCCCACGAGCCCUGCCUGCCCCCCCACGACCCAGCGCACCUGCCCCGCGGCCCACGAGCCCUGCCUACUCCCCCCCACGACCCAGCGCACCGGCCCCGCGGCCCGCAAGCCCUGCCCGCCCCCCCCACGACCCAGCGCACCGGCCCCGCGGCCCACGAGCCCUGCCUGCCCCCCCACGACCCAGCGCACCGGCCCCGCGGCCCACGAGCCCUGCCUGCCCCCCCACGACCCAGCGCACCGGCCCCGCGGCCCACGAGCCCUGCCUGCCCCUCCCACGACCCAGCGCACCGGCCCCGUGGCCCACGAACCCUGCCUGCCCCCCCACGACCCAGCGCACCUGCUCCGCAGCCCACGAGCCCUGCUUGCCCACCAACUCCACUCCCCCAAACACACCAGCACCCCCGCAGCCCACAAACCCUGCUUGCCCACCCCUUACCCCAAAGCACACAGGCUCCCCACCGGCCAUGAGCUCUGGUUGCCCCCCUAA